AUGGGACGAGUUGCAGCAUCAUCAAGCCGCACGCAGCGAGCCGCGCACUUCGGUGCGCCGAGCUCCGAGCGCCGAGAGCGCAUGGCAGCAACUCUCAGCAAAGAGCUGCGAGGUCAACACUCGGCGAGGUCAAUCCCCAUCCGCAAGGACGACGAAGUUCUGAUCGUCAUUGCAUGCUACCGCAAGAAGUAUGUCAUUCACAUCGAGCGAAUCGUCAGAGAAAAGGUCAACGGCGCAUCUGUUCCGAUUGGCAUCCACCCUAGCAACGUCGUCAUCACUAAGCUGAAGCUAGACAAGGACCGCACUGCAAUCUUGGCGCGCAAGGCUGCUGGCAAGCGCGCAAAGGCAGAGACGAUGAAGGUCGACGUGCGUUCUCACCUUUAUUAUGAGCGUUCUCAGCUGAUCUCACUGUGCAGUAAAUGCUGA